AGCAAUGCCCCACUCCUUUUGAUGAGAGUGGCAUUCUUCUGCAGAGCAUCCUGAGGUUUGCAGAGCACUUCUACGGUUUCCCUUGCUUAAGCUUUUCUCUCUCAGGUUAAAACAAACAAAAAUCUGAGAUUGUGAUUGAUCUGUACCCAUUUGCAACUUCAACUAUUAUUUCCUUGGAAGGGAUAGUGUCCUAAAAUUUGGAAGGCAUAAUGACAUUAUAAGAACCAUAUGGCUAUAUCUAAAUUGGUAAAUGAUUUGAAAAGCUAAUAAAAAUCCAAAGCAAAGAGGAAGUAUUAAAAAAUAAGGUGGGAAUAUAACCUCAGUGUCAUCAUAGUUUGGUUAUUCUAAUCAGGAAAUGACAAAGUACAGCUAUGAGAAUGUUACUGUUUGUUGGAUGGGUUUCUCUUUUGACAUUUGUACUUGCCCUUUCUUACUGUAGGAGUACUAGGGUAUAGUUGAUGAGGUCACUGAAUUUGAAAAAUUUCUAAAAGCAAAAGAAAGAUUAUUUAACAGUACAUAGCCAAACCAAUGAAUUCAUUUAUGGGUACUGAAAAUACAAGUACUACGAGUGCAUAUUUUUUUAAUGACAUAGAUUUUAUAAUGAACAUUUAUGGCUUCACUGGUUUAGUUAAGAGCAUAAGUGCAGGAUAAUUGGUUGCAGCAUUGGCAACUUUAAGAGAUAAAGUGCUGCUUAUGUGGCUGAGUGCCCAUUGGCUACUUAUUUUAUUAAACCACCACCACUGAGGCAGCACAGGUGACUGAUAGAAGGACAUAAAUACAUAUAUAAUCUUUACCUUAUCAGUGUCUCUCUUAUUAAAAAAUCAUAACUAAAAGUUAGCAAUGUUUUGUACUUGAACAUUCAAAAGAAAUUUUAAAUGUGAAUAAAAUCUCACUGUUAGAAUAUAAAAAUCAAUGUGGAUGAGUACAUCUGGGAUCCCACUCAAAGGAUUAGGAUAUUGAUGUCCCAAAAGGAUUUCAUAAUGAGAACAUUCAAGAUUAUGGAUCCAGAUGGUAGUAUUUAGAGGGUCUCUUCAAUAACUUCUGCAUACCUGAGCAUCACAUAGCGGGCUGUGUGGCAUCUCAAUAUAAUUUCUGUUUUUCAGUGUAAGCCUGUGUUUGAACAGAGCCUCAUCGUGGUAGAGGAUGUCAUUUCACCUCUAUGUUCUGGGUUGAGUUUUGUAGCUCUGAAAUGAACUUUGUGGAGUAUGUCAACCAAUAACAUGACUCCACAGUCCUAUACGUGAUAUAAUGACCAAUUCAUAAUAGAUUCAGCCCAAGACACAGGCAGUAGAGGAUCAUGAAGGAGAAGACCGUGGCAAUUACUAACAUUGGUUCAGUAUAGACAACCUUUCAGAAAAAGUCAUGUGUUCAACUGGAUUUUCUAGCUGGAUUCACUAAGUUAAAUUGUAUAUAUCUUCCAAACCUUAUAGAUAGUUUUAACCUUUAUUGAUUAACCUAACCAUGGGGAGGAUUUGUCUUAGUUUUUUAGAGUUCUGUUUUCUUAAUUCAUUCCUUAAUCUAGUUGCAUUAUCAUGAGUUUAGUAAAAUAAACUUCUGCUCAACUCAUAUAGAGCCUGGCGUCUCAUUCAGAAAGGAUAGCCUUUUCCCACUGCUCAUGGGAAAAAAAAGUGAAAAAGCAGUCUGUAUUUCACAAUAAUUUCUUCAACUUGAAAUAACAAUCUGUUCAAACUGUGCAUGUUGGAGGAAGGCAAAAACUACAGCAAACCAGUCAGAAACUUAGCCCCAGACCAAUGGUCAAAGCCAGGAUAGUGGGUUGCUGUCACCAGUCUUGGUAAUCUUUAACAAUAUCCAUAUAGUUCUUUCCCCUUUAUUUUUUGGUUUCAAGGUAAGGUCUACCUGAAAUAUUUAGGUGCACAAAAAACAAAAGCCACUAUUCCCAGCAGUUUUGCAGUGUGAAUAAGAACCCCAUGUCACAUUAUUUAUAGAAAGCAUUUUUUUUGUCCUUAGAUGGGGACAUGAAAAGUUGUGGGUUCAUAGGUAUUGCCUAAUGCCUGUUCAUGAAAAUCGAUUUUCCUCCUUGUGAAUGGAGCUGAUGUUGGUAUUUUAACUCUUAUUUAGAUUGUGCAUAUUGGAGGGAAAUAGAACUUUUUUUUUUCCUUUGGGUUUAUGUGUACCUCUUAAAUAUAUGACAGAUACAAUUUCAUUCUCUUUUGUAGCAAAGCUUCAAGAGAAUCAGCCUGUAGUGUUUAAUGAAAUGUAUAAUGAUUUAACUCUAUUAGAAUACAAUAAUUUUAACAAUUUUAUAAUGCUUUAAAUCAACUCUUGUUUGAAACAAAGUCUAGAAUUUUGGUGACUUUCAUUUUUGGCCACUUUGCUGGGUUUCUCAUUGAGAAGAUGUGUUGGGUGUUAUAUACCAUAUAAUGUUCAGAAUCUUAGAACUAUUUUUAGAUAAGGAGAGCCAGAAUUUUGAAUAUUUCAUGACUUCCUCAUUUAUGACUUAAAGGCUGGUUGAAGUUUAAUUCUUUGUAAGAAAAACACAUUAGUGAAAUUUCAAUAAAUAAUUACAGUCACAUGUAUAAUUAUGGGCAUUUAUUUAUCUAUUUUUUACAACAUAGAGUUUUGCUUGCUAUGUUGCCUGGGCUGGACUCAAAGUCUUGGGUUCAAGUGAUCCUCCUGCAUAAGCCUCUCAAGUAGCUGGGGUUAUAGACAUGUGCCACCAUGCCCAGCUGAUUAUGGACUUUUGAAAAAGAUGAGACAUGUUAGUUAACAAUGAACAAAAAGUGAUAGAAACUUGUCUGUGUCACAACAAUGAAAGAAAGCUUGAAGAAAGCCUGAAGGUGGUACAUUGGUUGGAAUGUAUAAUCACUCUGAAAAACCUAGUUUUGGUACUCUGUCUUUAAGAAAUAGAUACUAAUCUCAAUCUUUUGGUGAAGAAAAGUUGGUAUUUAUCUCAGGCUGCACACAGCAUUUUAAAGAUAUGCUACUCUACAUGCCCUUGUGUUUCAGUGCACCAGAAAGGCAUGUAGUUGUUCUCUGCUGCAUGUUAUAAAGAAUCCUUUAGGUCUUCUGCUGUCAGGUGGGCUCUGCAUGUCUCCCCACCCCUCCAAGGAAUUCAGGACCUGAGGAGCACAUUUCAGAGAUUAAAGACAGACUGGGAACAGGCCUGCAUCUCUUCUGUGAAAAGUUCUGGCUGCCUUGCCUCAUUCUCUUAAUGAGAUUUAUGGUGUGUGUAUGUGGUCAUGUGUCUUCAAUCAGAGUGUAAACUCCUAGAGGACAAGGACUAUUUCUUAUAUUUCUGGUUUGUAUCUCUUAUAGUUUCUGGCACAUGGUGAAUACAUUAUUUAUUCAGCUUGUCUGGGCAUUAUAUUUAGCAUGGUGAAAAAUAUAAAAUCAGUCAAUAGAUAAUUGUCAACCUGCUCUAUGUCAUAGGGUUAUUGUGAACAUAAAAAUCAAAAUUGUAAAUAUUGGAAAUACGCAUUCUCAUUGGUGACAGGAGUCCUCAUCUCGUAGCCAUGUGAACCGGAUAGGUGUGGUAGCAUAUGGGCACCACCUCUGUGUGCCUUCUGUUUGGAGUUCUCUGACUCUUGCAUUUUUAGUUAAGUGAAAGCUAGGUAGAUAAUUAUUGCAGUCACCUGAAAUGUGACUUCGGUUUUCUUGCUCGUCGGUAACACAGCACAUGCUGCUGGCAGCCUCUAGGAAGGGCAUGUGCUCUUGUGAUACGCUUCAGGGGCACAGCAAGGAGUGCUUGAAUGACUUUGUCUGUGACUUUGGUGCGUGCGUCCUGCUAUUACAAGAGCUUCCCAAAUGCUGUUAGCCUUUGGAUGUUCUAACAUGUUACUAACCAAAGGACUGAAACGAGAAGAGUAUUAGAACUAUCACACCCAGAGAUAAGGUAGUAUAUAGAGGAUACUGCCCCAAAGAUAUACUAUGUGAUUUUAUUCCUGGCCCUGCAGUUCACCAGCUGGAAUGACAUUAGGAAGUUAUUUUCUAUCUCCAGGCCUCUAUGCCCUCAUCCAUACAGUGGGGGUGCUGGAGAUGAGGGCUUCUCUCCCAGGUGAAGUCUGCCAUUCUAUGAUCCUGAUGAGGAGCAAGGGGUGAGAUAGAGCCUUUCUAUUUAUGCAUUUAAGAGUCUUACUGCAGUGAAGCUUCCUGUGUAUGGAAGUGCAAAUUCACAGACUUCAAAGUGAGAAAGACCUGAGUUCAGAUGGUUGGUAUUCAGCCUGGUACCAGCUGUGUGGGUCAUGCUUAGUCUCUCUCCUCUAAUCCUACUCACCUGGAAGAUGGAAUUAACCACCCAUCUUCACAGGAGCCUGCCUGCCUUUGGUGGGUGCUGAGUCAGUGUUCUCCUUUUGAAGAGAAACAGGAGAAAAAGGCCAUAUUACUUUUGUUUAUGUUGCUGCAAUCCUCAUGAAGUAUCUAGUAGAGAUUUCAACAUCUAUGUUAAUUCAUAAUUCUCCAAGUAGGCAUAGGGUAGGUAGAUCUGAAAUUAGAACGCUUUUUUUAAUUUGAAUUUUUAUUUAAGCAUAUCUGGAAGAAUGUUUCAAAUUCUGAUUAGAGUUUAUUAUGUGAAAUAAUGGAACACAAAAAAUAAUGUCAAUAACAGAAUAAAAACAGAAUCAUGGAACCAAAAAAAUGAAAAUAGUUUAUUCUGCCUAAUUUUGUGUAUUUGAAAUUCUUUAAAUUAAAAUGUUUUAAAAAGAAAAGAUGAGCUCUCUAAAUAAAAAUAUUCUUGAAAACUACAUAGGUGCAGAGGACUCAGAGGGAGACCUGAAAGAAACAUUUCUUAGUCACCCUCACUGUUUAUUUCCUAAGUCUGAGGAAUCUGCCGCGGGGAAGGAGCUGACCUGAGUGUCUACACUAACUGCAAGGGUGUUGAAGCCAUUGGUUAUCCUGCCUCUCUUCUCUCCUGUAGAACCAGCUUCAUUCUCCUGCCACCCACAAUCCAGAUGUCCCUGCGCUCUGAUGGUGCUGUAAUGGUUCAAGUCUCCAAACGUCCACAACUAUCCCGAUAUGGAAGCCGUUCCCCUGUUGCUAAAUAAUGUGAAAGGGGAGCCCCCGGAGGACUCGUUAUCUGUAGAUCACUUCCAAACACAAACUGAGCCAGUGGACUUGUCAAUAAACAAAGCCAGGACGUCCCCUACUGCCGUUUCAUCCUCCCCAGUUUCCAUGACAGCGUCUGCCUCCUCACCUUCCUCAACUUCAACCUCUUCAUCGUCUUCUAGUCGUCUAGCCUCAUCCCCAACUGUUAUCACAUCAGUAUCUUCAGCGUCAUCUUCGUCAACAGUAUUAACUCCGGGGCCCCUUGUUGCCUCUGCAUCUGGUGUUGGAGGCCAGCAGUUUUUGCACAUUAUCCAUCCCGUACCGCCUUCAAGUCCCAUGAAUUUACAGUCUAACAAACUGAGUCAUGUUCACCGCAUCCCCGUGGUGGUACAGUCGGUGCCUGUUGUCUACACAGCUGUAAGGUCACCUGGAAAUGUGAACAACACUAUUGUCGUGCCGCUUUUGGAGGAUGGGAGAGGCCAUGGCAAAGCACAAAUGGACCCCCGAGGCCUAUCUCCCAGACAAAGUAAAAGUGACAGUGAUGAUGAUGACCUGCCAAAUGUGACCUUAGAUAGCGUUAAUGAAACUGGAUCUACGGCCCUUUCCAUAGCCAGAGCAGUACAAGAGGUACAUCCGUCCCCAGUAUCAAGGGUCCGGGGAAAUCGAAUGAAUAAUCAGAAGUUUCCUUGUUCAAUUUCACCAUUUAGUAUUGAGAGCACAAGACGCCAGAGACGGUCUGAAUCCCCAGACUCCAGAAAACGGCGUAUCCACAGAUGUGAUUUUGAGGGAUGCAACAAAGUGUACACAAAAAGUUCUCACCUGAAGGCUCACCGGAGGACACAUACAGGAGAGAAACCUUACAAGUGUACCUGGGAAGGCUGCACCUGGAAGUUCGCUCGUUCAGAUGAACUGACGAGGCAUUACCGCAAACAUACGGGAGUGAAGCCAUUCAAGUGCGCGGACUGUGAUCGCAGCUUUUCCCGGUCAGAUCAUUUGGCCCUGCACCGCCGGAGGCAUAUGUUGGUGUGAGGAAUGCUACCUGUCCAGCUGAGCGUAAGAGCUGGAUCUCUUAGCGGCACCCAAUUCAGCAGGGCUGAAUCCCCUUCACAGUGUUAACACAAAAGGGCAUCACCAUCCCACGAUGUCUGAAACCAGAGCAGGAAAAAGAAGGCACACUUCUUUUGGUCUGAAGGUAACCCCCAUCAUGACUAGACGAGAACCGUCUUUACGCGGGCCUGGGAGCUCAGUGACAUAAAUGCUGAAGAGACAGGCAUUGUUUUCCGUGCUGUGUCCUCUGCCAUUUAAAGAUGUUUGUAGCUUGUACAUUUUCUGAGCUGUCAGACAUUUUGUUAUUGAUACCUUAAAGGUCACCUACCACAAAUUGAUGGCUAGAGCAAGACCUUUUAAAUUUGGAUGAAUCUCCCAUCAUCCCAUCCCUUAACCCCUUUUUACAGAAAUUUUAGUUACAAUCUGAGUAAGCUAGAACACACAUCCAAUCUGUUACCAGCAAGCAGCAUGAAAGUAGAAACGAAGAAGCAGAUGGAGAGGUCCCAUUACCUGCAAAGAAAGGGCACUCAGGCAGCCCUUUGCAAUCGCGAUGGCAGCCACUAGAUAUCACUCGCAACUUGUCAUUCUGCCAUGCCCUGAAGAAAACCAACAUUGAAUCUUUCAUUUGUUUGUCGUUGAUUGUUUUUGUUUUGUUUCGAUUCUGUUUUGUUCAUCUGUUCGAGCAGAGGGGCAGUUGAAGUCUCGUCCUGGUCUCUGCCCUGGCAUGGACUGGCACAGAGGUGUUCUGUAGUUGAAUAGGAAGAGCCUGUCUAAAAAACUACUGCCCCACUUCAAAUUGCAGUGUUCUGUCACCUAGGCAUCAUCUCUUCCUGCCCCUAGUAUUUGAUUACAAGGAACCAGGGGAAAAAAACUUUCUUAGACACACUGGCACCAAGGUAAGAGGUGGGGCUGCCCAGGCAAAGUCAGUGAACAUGAAAAAUCAGACAAAGCAGAGAUGGAAAUAAUGCGCCUCUUGAGGAGAAAAGCAAUAAUGAAUAAAAGGACUUUCCUACAAUAACUUCACUGAGGACUCACGUUACCAAUUUUCAUACUUACUAAAGGGAUUGUAAAAAACACCCCAGCAUUUUAGAUGUCUUGGUUCCAUUUACAGCACUGAGGUAAUCUUUCUGCUGUUUGUUGUCCUGCUUGGUUGAGUACCACAAUUAAAGAUUAUGCUCCCCUUUUCUUGUUUGAAAACAGUUAUUUGGUGACUAGAAAGGCAAGGGAGGCAUAGCCGGGAAUUAACUCUUCGGUUAAUGGGUCAGUUCUCCUUGGAACUGAAUCAGUGGAAAGAGAAUGCUUCCCAUAGAAAGCCCGACAUGGUGCUAGUUUCCUCUCUUGGAGAGCCAAGGAUAGGUGACUCUCCAAUAGGUUCUUCUAUACCGAUUUCAUUUUCUAAACUGUAUCAGGACCCAGGUGUCCUGCAUUGGCAUCUGCAGGGAUAUUGAACCCACUCAUCCUGUGCAGAGGAUGAGAGGAAGGUGUUAGCUCCAUCAGCCCCCUAAAAUUAUGAACCUUUUUGCAACUAGGAAAAUAUACAGUAAACAAGCAAUACAUCACCAACGAGCAUUCUUUCAGAAAAAUUACCAUAUUUUUGUCCCCACUACAAGCUGGGUUUUUUUUCCAGCUUUCUGUGGCUGAGGGGCUUGGUGAGAUUUUUUGUUGUUGUUAUUGUUGUUGUUGCUAGAAUUUUUUAUAGCUUAGAUAUAAAAGGUCUCCAACAAAGACCUUUGCAAUAUAUUUUAAUUACAAACACUUGAUUUUGGGAAUUGCACAUAUUAACCUCACAAUAUUACUAGCUCAUUUUUAAAUGUCUGGACAUUCUGAAAUAAUUUCCGGUUACUGAAUUAUCCUUUUUAGGAUCAUCUUCUAAUUCAGAUAAUCUUAUUCUGACGAAGCGAGAACUAUGAACGUUGAAACAAGGACAAUUUGUGUUGGAUGGUAUUCAAAAGGAAUUUUUUAAAACAUUAAGCAACAGUGUAAUGAUUUUCAGGUCAAAUUAUGGCUUCACAAAUAUGUGCUCUAUAUUGUCUGCCAGGUCUCAAAAAUUCAUCAAGCAAUUUCCCUCCAACAAGGGCUGCAGUUCUAGUGAUAAAUAGCAUCUUUAGCUACACAGUCUACUACUCAUCAACCAGUGGGUUUUUUUACCACCUGGAAAGUUUUUUUGUACUAUAUGCAACUCCUACUUCACAUUGCCUGUGACCAUUCAGAAUAGAAAAAGGUCUCUUGAUGCAUGCCAGUGUUGGUUACUAGUCAGUGACAGAGAACACAGAGAGGGACAAACACAGCCAUGAACCCCCUGGCACUAGUACCAGCACCUAGUUGGCAAGUAGUGGGUGCAUCCCUCAAGUGAAGUGUAGAUUUGUAUUUAGUCCUGCUUGCUCUCAUAAAAAGAGCCAGUUCUUUUCUCUGCUGAAAGAUGUCUUGAGAGUAUUACAGGUAGACUUGGUUUUUAGAAUUCAUAAAACUGACAGGCAGGGGAAGCUUCCUGAGUGACAGCUUGGUUUAAAUUUAGCACAGAACUAAAUGAGUUGCACUUUUCUAAUAACAUAGGAUGGAUUUGGGGAAGGGAACAUUUUCCCUCAUCCUCUGAAAGUGGAAACCAGACUGAGAUGGUAAGUUAACUGAUAAAACCUGUCAGCAUUCCAUCAUUUUCCCCUUUUGACGUAUCAGUACUUCUAAGAAGGGAUCUAAGCACAAUUAAGUGAAUUGAGUCCCUGGUCUAGCCUCAGGAACUGAAACUUCUUUGGGGCUUGUCUUGAGACGUGGCAGAUUCUCCUUGGUGAGUUUUCUAAAAGUAUUUCCCCAUGGAAAGGAAAAAGUGGUUUGGGACAGAAAGAAAUGGAAUGUCUUCAGUCAUGGAAGAGCCUCCAUUUCAUCUCAUGUCCAUUUCUAGCCUCUUUCAAAAAGCACAGUGCAUCAUGAGCAACAGAAAAGCAGUAGAAUCCUAAAGGACGUAACAGUUGUUCUGUAACUAGAAGCAUUCUUUGAUUUUAAAUUUGAAGCUGUUCAGUUUGCAGCUGGGGAUAUGUGCAUGGUUGGGAACUUAUACACAUAGAGCCAUUAACUACUUAAGCAGCUGCAGUAGACCUGAUUUUCUGUUUGCAGUACAGAGAUUGAUUUCAAGGGAGUUACAUUAUUUGAAAAGUUAUGACUUUCAGCCUUUGAGGUUUUAAGAAUCCCUUUUCAUGGUCUGAUCUUAAGUUGUUUGAAAAAAGAUUCACGCUUCUGCAUCCACCUCUGCCCUCGUUCUGUCAAUUGUGUGUGGACUCUGAGAAGCCUGCUUGAUAACUUGUCUUAAGUUCUAUUAAGGCAGUUAGACUGAGAUUUCUAAUGACUUUACCAUAAAGAUUAUACUUCUGCCUGGCAUCGUUUCUAUAAAACACUAUAGGACAUUUGUUUUCAAAAGCAGUUGAGUAACAGCAACAUAAACCACAUUUUUUUAAAAAAUGAGCACUUUUCAUUCACUUGAAAGCUUAAGUGGGAAAAAGGAAGAUGAUUGUCAGGGGAAAAACUUACAAAAUGCUACAGUGUUUACGAAUGCCAGUUCCAGGUGAUUAGAAAGGCUGUUUUCAUUAUGGUUCAAAUUUGGAAUAGCUUAUACAAAGAUUGUGUUCAUUUUUAUACAAUUCUUUUUAACUUUAAAUUGCCAUUUGUGUUUUAAACAUAAUUCUGCACUUUGGAAUCAGUUCAUUAGAAUGAUAACAUUUAUAUGGAUAAAGAUGCAGUAUUCCUUAUUCUGUACUUGAUUUAUUAUACUUACCAAAGCUGCAACUGAAUAAAUCUGGUGAGGUGAGGCCUUCAAAUGUAUUAAUACGCCUUUGUUAUGUUGUUAUGACUGCUUAGAAAUGUAGCCAUGAUGUUGUUCUAAAGAUGUCUUAACAUUUAUAGUGAGGAUUGACAGAAAUUAAGCAGUGUUAAGAAUACCAGCAUCCAUAUUACAGUCUGCGUAUAAGGGACUGAAUGUGAGGUAACUCUUAUGAAUCAUAAUAGGCCCAGAAAGCCUUAAUAUUCAUAGUUCAUAAUCCAGUCUCAGAUUUUGCUCUUCAGUGUUGCCUGUAAACUUAGCAGGUAAAUGUAUUCUAGUAUAAAACAUCAUUGACCAAAUCUCUUCCUUUAGUUUUUCUGAGGUAGUGCAUCCCAUUAGAAAAGUCUCUUCAAUUAGAUUUGGCUUUAGUUUAGAAAGGGGUUUGGUAAGUCAUGUCUUCCAUAUGACAUUUCUACUCAUCCCCACACUGCCUUCCACUUAACCUGUACAGACAGCCCCAACACAUGCACAUGUGUGUACACAACUGUAUAUGCAGCAGCCAGUGGGCUAAUAAAUAUCAGCAAAGAACUUUUUUAAAAAGAAUUUGUAAUAAUCCAUGCUGUCUAGAAAUGUGAGUUACUUACCUUAUUAGGAAACCGGCUUAUAAUACUAUAUAUGACUCUGCCUGCAUUUUAUAGUUAAGAAAUGUACAUAAAAAUUGCUAUAUUUUCACAGUUUCAUUAUAGAGUAAUGUCUGUUUAGUAACCCAUGUCCAUUGAUACUUUAAAUAUGCUAAUUACUGAGCAAUUGCAAUAGAAAUCCAGAUUUUCAUAAGAAAAUGAAAUAGAAGGAUACUGCAUCUUUAAAAAAAUAGAGUGAAGAUAUUUUACUGUAUUCGUAACAUAUGUGAUAGUGGAAAAAGUAUUUUCAAACUCACAAAUUUUACAGAGGUUGUAAAUAGUUUGAUGAAGUAUGUUGGGAAAGAGAGCUUCUAGUUUUCAUCACAAUAAAAAGAAAAAACUUGUUCAGAUAUGCCUUGUAUAUCUUACACACAAUGAGUGAAAUUGCCAUGGGAACUCUGUCCAACUUUGUCAGAGCAUGUUCUUCGUGUUCUGUUCAAAAUAGAGUGGCCACUUGUCAUGGUUUAGCCAGGAUGGUUUAAAAUAUAAUGAAGUCAUUUUAAGUUGCAAACAACUGAUUCCAAACUAGUAAUGUCUUUUCCUGAAAAGGGCAAAACAGCUGCACAGGAUUUUGCUUGUACUAAAGAGGAGCAUCUUACAAUUGUUCUCUUUUCUCAGUUAUCUCCCUCCUCAACAGAGUGUGAACAACCAUACAGGUGUUUAUUCUUGUUUUAUUCCAGGGAGACUGCUUUUAGGUAUAACUACAUGUUGACAAGAUUAAGUGCUGUGGAUAUGGCCACAUGUUAAAGGAAUCUAUACUUGCAAUAGGAAUAAGCUAAUGCCCAUUUUCAGAAAUAAAUUAAAUGCUGAAAGUGCCUGUCAGUAAACAUUAUGACCAAUGAGAUAUUCCUAUACUUUUACACAGCAAUAAUUCUUAAUAAGACUGGGUUUUUUCCUGCACAUGUGAACACACACACACAUACACACACACACAAAGAGUAAAUACAUGCACAUAGUAAAUCAAAUCUGUUCACAUGCCCACAAAAAAAGCUUGUAUAGCUUUCAAAUAUACCUAAUCUUGUUUACAUUAACAUUUCUUAAUUUGAUCUUUCUAACUUGCAGAACGUAAGAACACAAAUCUGAACAUUGUUUAUCUUCAGUGAACACUAUUGCAUAUGGUAAUUUCCGGAUAAAAAGUUGACUGUCAUUUGCCCCAAACUUAUGAAACAGUAUGUAUGAUUCAAAAAGUUUUGCUCAGUUAAAAACACCAAUUUAUUUAGUGCAAAAGACUGAAGGAUAUUUGUUUGCUUGUUCAUUUUAUCCACUCGUAUCAAACGCACAAAUUCAUCUUUACAUUUCUUCAUUCCCCUUUCCCCUAAUAUUUCCUAUUAUCAUCUAAGAAUCAUUUUGGAAUGAAUAUUGACAGAAUCAUUUCUCCCCAAAAAGUCUGUUGAAGUACCACUGACACUUAGUAAGCCUAGCCUUUAACCAUUUUUGCAGUUAGUCCUAAAAAUUACCAGAUACACAUUCAGAAGCUCACAGGUUUUUUCCUGUAAUUACUGUACUGCUAAAAGUGGAGUCAUGGAUAGAAAUAUACAAUGAGACUAUAUGAAUAGACAUGAACCCUGGAAAUUCUCCAACCCUGCCAUCUCAGAGCACAAAUUCACCCAAACAAGCUACUGAGGCUAUCAGUAAAAUUAUACUCAUGGAGAGUCACACAUCGGGUAAGGGCAAUUUUAAAAGUAGGACUGUGAUUAAACAUUCAGGCUUUAGACUUCCAUCAUGGACUCAGACCACAGGCCUCAAAAAAAACAUCCACUGUUUUCUCCUCCCAAUGUUAGAAAGAAGAAAAGGGAGGAGGAAAUGUACCAGGAUAAGGGAGUAAAAUAACCAAUUAAGUGUCAAAGGAAAGCUGCUGGGUUCCUUAAUCUCACUGAAGUCAAGUCUUCUGACUGGGCUUCUUUCCAUGUGUUGUCUGAAAAAACUAAAGUACCUUGAAAGGUUACACAUUCAGCAAACCAUGAAGAUAAUAGCUAUUCUUUAUUAAACACUGUGUGCCAAGCAAUAGACUAGGCAAUUUUUAGAUACGUUACCUGCAACCUGUACAACAUUUCUACACUUUAUGGAUGGGAAACGGAGGCAUGGGAAGUGUGGCUGAGUUGUUCAUGGAUGUAGAAAUAGUAAACGGCAGAGUAGGAAAGUGAAACCGCCUAUCUCUGACCUGGAGGUCUGCCUGUAUCUUUCCCACUCCACCACACUGCACGUGGGUGUCCCGAAACCACCUUCCCAGAUUCCUGACUCUCAGUAAUUUUAUUAUGGACAACAUGCAUGAGUAGUCAUCAUAUUUUUCAAGUGAAAUAUCGGGACAUGAUAUAACACAUGACUUAACAGUGGUACUGAAUAUUUGAAAUCAGGCCUUUCCUGGAAAAUCAUGCAUGAAGGAUCAUUAUAAACAAACAAUAGCAACCAGUUGUCUCCCCAAACUUGUCACUUUUCUCAUAAAUGUCUGGCCUGGAGCUCCAAAAUCAUCCAAAUACUUAGUAGCAUUUUAGCCUGAGUACACUUUCUCAGUUCCUCAACUCUUUGUAUGCCUUUCCACCAAUAUAGACAUUCUAGAAUCUGCUUCAGAUGCAUUUGAAAUUUUCACCCCCAUGGACCUAGUGAUUAAUAUCAGAGCCCACUCUUGCAGUUGGUAAUGGGGUGGCAAUCAAACAUUCAGAUGAUAAUAAAUGAGAGAUAAUGGAUAAUUCUUUUUCAGAGUUCUCACUUAACAGCUCUGUGUUGGAAUGUUUUAAAUAGUCUUAUAAAUAAUUUGUUUAUAGUAUUGUUGUUAGUUUAAUUGAAUUUUAUGUAAGAAGCUGUCCAACAUCAGAGAAAUGAAAUUCCUCCCACUUUUCUGUGUAGAACAAGGUCUCUGACAGUAUUGAUUCAUGGAAGUACUAAUGGACUUAGAAAACAUUAAGAGAAUGUCAUUUCUCAUAGUGUUUCUGUUUCUGAAAAUGAAUCUCCUGAAUUAUGAUCUUUCUCCCUGUUACUUGGCUGGGGAAAGAGAUAAAAGCUGUAUAAACAAAUUCUCUUCCAUGCUCAAAGCAAGUGUUCCAUGUGCACAACCUGCUGCAGACUGGGGCCCUUCUCAGUUAAUUGGGUUUCACAAGCAAUAAUUUCUCCACAACAAAAACCACAACUUGAAGUGAGUUGAAAAGAGAUGAAUAGUGGAAACAGUCGCCUCAGUACUUUUUCUUUCUGGAUUUCAUCUCUAGAAAUUUGAAGUGUUUGAGACAGAGUCCACCUUUGUGCAAGGCGAGAACCAAUAAAUGGACUCCUUGUGUGAAUUAUUGCAUCUUCUUCCAAAGCAGGUUCAUCAAGACUUUCACAGAGAUUCAUUUUUGUUGAGAAGUAAGGGUUAAUAAGAGGAUAGAAUUUGUAUCCAAAUCUAGUGAUAAAAGUGUCCAAGCAAUCAAAAAGUAAGAUAUUUUAGGGACAUACCAACAUCUUCCCUUUCUGCUAAUUUCAUGCUCUAAAGAUAUGGCAAAAAAAAAUCAUAGAAAAUGCUUUUGCCCUACUUGUGUUCUAGUUUUCCCAUGGCAGAAUUUUGUAAUUACAUCCAGAAUAUAGUGUAUAUUUUGUUCCUCAAACUUUAUUACAUUGGAUGGAUAUUGUUGAACUGGGGCACUGGUGCCUAUAUUCAAGGCUCUUUCCUAUCAACGUGUCUGUCCACGAUUUGUUGUGUUUGAAGCUUCAUUUUGAAAAAUCACUGUCCCCCUGUGGGGUAGUGACUGUAUUGUUUUGUUCAUGUCUAUGUGGGACACAUUGCAUCACAUGGCAAACCAACUCUCUGUGGAUGUGAGAUAAGUACUUAUAAAACCAGCUUGAAAACAUCGUCUUAUGUAUUAUGUCAUCCUGCAUCAUAAUGCAAUUAUGUGUAUCAUAACAUGCUCAUUUAAAAAAAGAGAAACCAGCAAAUUCAUGUUUGUCCAUAGAAGAAUGUACUCAGAACUUUGUGUUGUGAAACGAUGAGAACAGACCACCUUUAAGAUACCCACCUGCCACUUAAAAUGACUUUGUUAUAAUUAGUAGUAGUCUAGACGUUGUUCUUGGUGUGUGGGGGUCAAUUCUAACGUCAUAUUCUUUUGAAUAAAUCUCUCAGUCAUAUUUGAAAAAAAUACAUGGGAAUAAAGAAAAAUAUCAUCUUUGGCCAAAUCAAGCAGGCAUCUUUUUUCUUUUCCUUGACGUUUAGCUCAUUAUACGUGGUGAUUGGAUCACAAGAUCUGUCCGUGUAAAAAUACAAAAACAUCCUUUAGUUUACAAAACAGUUAUUCUAGGCUUGAAGCCUCUGAACAGCAAAUUGAAUAGAUGGGCUGCAUCUGAUUUGCUUUAUGGAUGUAAUUUUACAAAAGACUCUUGGGUCUCUGACCCCAGGGAGUUAAGAGUGCCCAGAGGAGGUCCUACACAUUAAAGGAUAAAGCCCCCCAAUGAUGCUGGCAAGCAAAUGUGUUGAGUUCUUAAAUCUUCAUUUGGUUUUCUGUUCAGGAUUUUAAUUGCAAAUGAAUUUAUUUCUCCAGUUUAUCUAAAGACCUAAUUUCCCAAUAGUUUCCUCUGCAUUUAUAUACUCUGUAGUGUUUAGGCAACCCUGUUAUAAGUUUAUUAAUAUUAUGUAAGUGUUGUUCUUGUAUUUAUGUAUAGUGUAUGUAUUGUAAAUAUACUCAGAGCUUUUUUCCUUUUACUGUAAAAUGGUGAUUUUUUUGCCCUAUGAUAAUGUAAAGGGAGACCCUCCUAAUGAGAUUCUCUCAGAGGAUGAUUAUUCCAGUCUAUUCUCAGAGAUUUAAAUGAACAAGUGUUAUUGUUUUUAAUGGUGUCUCAGACAUAUUCUGUUGGUGCAUUGCUUUUCUGUAUUCAACUUUCCUAUGAAUUGAGCUGUGAACUGAAAUAGAGUUUAAACCUUUAACUGUAUGCAUUUGUAUAAUUAUCUGAAUGAAGGCAUGAAGGUUAAAUAAAGCAUUUUGUAUGGAACAAAA